GAGGCUCAGAGCAGGGGUAGGUGGAUGGCUUUGCUUUUGCAAAGGUGUGGGAAUGCCCCGUGAUGUGUUCCCUGUACUCCCUUUGAAUGCUAAUGCUUUCUUGAAGAUGAUUUCAGACACACUGCUAGGAUACUGCCUCUACUCACUGAAGCAGAAUCCUCUGAAGAGUUGCUGAGGCAGAACUGAAAUCAUGGCUUGCCUCAAGCAGCAGCCUUAUUGGCUGCUCUAGAUGCCUCACACGAAAGACGAUGCUCCUUUCACUCAGGGGCUUUCAUGGGAAGUUUCACAGCCUGAAAGAACAGCUUUAGAUCUGGGGUGUGCCAUCCGCUGCCUGCCGAUACCACUGGCUACCACUUUAACACAGCUUGGCUGGGAAGAAUGGACACUAAAGAGGCUUGUAACUACCUGUAACUGUUUAACCAGGAAAUGGAUCAAGUGUUUGUUCAGCCAGAUCCAGCAGAUGACUCGGCCUCUCCAAGCUGCAGUUACCAUGGUUUCAACAGGCUGAUGAUGGCAGCAAAGGAAAUUGAGAGAUCCUGUGCUCUGGCUUUCCUGGAUGAUGGACGGGGGACAGCCCGUCCCUUCCCCUUCAUUGUCCCUCGGGAACACAUCGACAGACUCUAGCAUGUCUCUGGAGCAAAAAACCACAUUUGUCUUUGUGAUUCUGUUGUUUAUUUUCCUGGGCAUCCUCAUUGUCAGGUGUUUUCGGAUUCUUCUGGACCCCUAUCGAAGCAUGCCCACUUCGACGUGGGCAGAUGGACUUGAAGGCCUGGAGAAAGGGCAGUUUGACCAUGCACUUGCAUAAUAGGGAGCAGUCAGGAACCCCUCCUGAGGAGGUCAAGCACUUCACAUCUUAGCAGAAGUUUCCUUUCCUUGAUGUUCUCAAUAAACCAAAUUUUAACCCUGUUUGUCUCUCCUGGAGUCCAGCCCUCCUGCAACCCUUUGUUCUGUAAUCAUGCAGCUGGGGUGAAAACUUUUGAGGAUAUUGGGAAGGAAAGCUUCUAGUACCAACUCAAAAGAGAUGGUUUUGCAUUUCCCUGUUUACUCAAUGAAUGAAUGUUGCUGAGUCUACAAUGUGAUGGUGAAACUGAGAACAUCAACAGUGACAUACACUUGGCCACCAACACAGGACCAUGUGACCUGACCCAGGAGUUAUAGACUAUGAAGGAUUUGACCUCCUUCUGGUUACAGGGCCAGGUGGCUUCCUCAGCAGAAUGUGACUCUUAGUUUGGUCAUUUUUAUGAAAAUGUGCAUCCUGGGCAGAGUGGGCCCAAAGCAGGUCCUGUUUUUACCUAAAACAAAGAGCACUGUGGGAAAGCAAAGGGCCUUGCUGGUAUGGACACAUAUGAGUGAUGAUGGAAAACCAGGAAGAUAUUGCUUCAAUUUUUAAAUAUAGUUAACUAUAAAAUCUUAUGGAGUUUUAAAAACUAUUUAGCAGACCACAGAUGUCCUAUAUAUAUUCAUGUUACAUGUGUAGAGUUAGCUAUGCAUAGCCUGAUUUUACUUAUCAUAAAUGAUAUAAAUAAUAAGCGCAACUUCAAGUUCUAGAUUUUUUCCUAAAAGAGUGUUGAUUGUUUAGAGUCACCUUUUGUAGUCUUAAAAGAAAUGGGUGUUCAUGACUGAAUAUAGAAACCAAAUAAAACUUUUCAA